UGCUGCAGACUGGAUGGAUUUUUGUAUUUUUUCUUUAAAUCAUUUUUUUUUUUUUUAAAUAAAAACUACAAGUCCCAUACUUCAUUGCGCAAUUUGAUCGCAUUUUUUAAUGCAUCUCCACGAGCAAGCGCUGCACAGCGCUAUGGGGCUAGUAGUUCAUUUUAUUUUUAAACUCCAGUGAGAAAUGAAUAAGGUCUGUCGAACUUCAAAUACCAAAAUCGUCGACAUGCCACACCUUUUCUGCAGCUGUGCUGACGGCAAAUCCUGACUAUCCUUACAGUAAAGAAUCAGCAGUAUUCUUAUGCCAAGGAUCCUGUUGGACAUAUGGAGCCAUUUAUCACAGAAGCUGGUUUGGAGCAACUACAAGUGAUCUAAACAUCUUCCAUACUUACUCUAUUAUUGUAGUCAAACAUCUUUGUUAUGCUGUUGAAUUAAAACAUUGAUGAAAUCACAGAAAGACAAUUCUAGACAGGAUGCGGACUGGUUGCCUGGAACAAAGUUUUUAAAAACACCGUAAAGCAGAAUGCAUCCCACUGUUAAAAUCAGCAAGUCAGUCCUGCUGUGUCUUAUAUGGAUAUCAAUACCUGCUCUGCUGUUGAGCGAGUUCAAACUGGCCUAUGUGACAGACUUCAGUCUCUACAACUGCACCUGCAUUAGGUCCCUGUCAUUGUGUGGCCGCAUUGACCCUGGAGAAUGUGACUGCAAUGCUUUCCCGUUUUCCGUGCUGCACCGUUCUAACAGUGGCAGCGUCCUGAACGAGAAGUGCAUCACGGUCUGGUACACUUCCCCUGGCAACGUGGCUCUCCUCCUCAACAAUUCUGAAGUGCACCACUUGUCUCUUGUCAAAUGCGAUUCCACUGGUUGGAAACCAAUUCAAUACGAUUACUUCACUGUACAAAGACUGGAAAGACUCACUGUCUCGUACCGUAACAGGUAUGCAGAUUUCACUAAAGCUAUUGAACUUGGACGGCAAAGGCUACCUGGAGCUCAUGAUGAUGAAGCGAGCAUGGCCGUCAUCCAUCUAUCUGUCCUAUCUGGACAAACAACCUUGAAGGCCUACACCAUUCAGACAACUGGCCACAGCAACGGCAGCUUUCCUUUCCCAAACUUGAGCAUGGCCCAUUCAUAUCUAUCAGACGCAUCGAACAGGUUUAUAACUUUUGUCUACUAAAGCAGUGUUUUUUUUUCCUUUUCACCUCAAGUAGCAGUGUUUCCAGCAGGGACCAACAGGUGUACCAGUAACUAUGUGCAACUUUAUAAACAACUUAAGUAAAGAUGUUACUUUACAACUCAUUGCAAUUCCAGAGUAAAGAUGAAUAUGUUUUAGCAUCCUUUAACAAAGGAUUGAAAUCUUUAAAAAAAUAAAAUAAAAUAAAAGUUUAUAGUUUUAUCCUUCUGGGUGGCCAAAAGUUUGAAUAAAUUAAUUACGAGAGUACUGUUCCUGCACAGCUUUGACCUAGACCUUUUCAACAGAAAAGAUCUUUUUUUUCUCAUUUUAUUUUAUCUUCUUUUUAGAUUUAAUUCCUUUUAAGUUAAAAUGUUAAUGCCCUUUAAAAUUGCCUUUUUUAAGAUGUAUUUUUACUGUUUGACAUAGGCAUUUUACACAUAAAGUAGGCAGGGAAGCAGCGCAAAUGAAUAUCAACGAGAAACUGUCCUCAGGGCAUUAGCUGAUUCUAAAGGGUUAGGGAUGGGGAUGGGGUUGGGUUAGGGUCAGGGUGGAUUGAUGUCGUAGAGGAGCAGAGAUCGGGAAGUAAAAGGUGGGACAGUUGCCCUAGAGUCAUCUAAUGCACAGAGGGCAGUUUCUAGAGGAUAUUCGUUUGCCUGCAUCAGAUGUUUAAAUGUGGGGACUUAUUUGCAUGUUAGCUUCAGAUUUAGCUUGGAAAAUAAUUAUUUAUUUUGAAAAAAUAUUUAUUUUUCCAGAUUGAAUUGCUAAUCACAAAGAGGUAUUUCAGAUUUAUCUGUUAGCUAAAUGUUGAUUCCAAGUGUAAGAAAAGAUGUAAAGACUGAAGCAUUUUUUCCAGAUUUACUUCUCAUAUGGAUUUUAAAUGUUGAAUUUGUAAUAAGC